AUGGCUCCUUUAUCGCAAAAGAAGCGCAAAAUCGAAGACGGGAUGCGUGGAAAGACCGAGCGACCCAAGAAACGUUUCCGCAAACAAUUGGAAUACCACAGUUCAAGCGACGAGGAAGAUCAAGUAUUUGCCCCGGUCAAUUUGGAUGAAAGUGACGAAGAGCGGGCCUCUGCGAAAAUAUCUAAGACAGAAAGCAAGAAGGCUGUGCCGUCUGUACCAGACGACGGAUCCGACGAAGAACCUGCAGAUGAAGACGAAGAUACACAGUCGCAGGAAGAUGCCACUUCGGACGAGGAGAGUAUGGAGGGAGGCCUCAACAAGGCAGGCAGAAGAAAGCCUAUAAGCAAAAGAAACGACCCGGAAGCAUUCUCUACCUCAAUCUCAAAAAUCCUAUCCGCCAAGCUCUCACAAUCAACCCGCCAAGAUCCUGUGCUAUCGAGAAGUAAAGAAGCUGUGGAAACUAGCGUCUCCCUUGCAAAUGAGCGCCUGGAGAAAAAAGCACAAGCUAAACUGAGGUCGGACCGCAAGGAAGAGCUGGAAAGAGGAAGAGUAAAAGACGUUUUGGGUCUGAGUUCGGGACAAGCGGGCGAAGUUGCUGAGGAGGAAAAGAGACUGCGGAAAAUUGCCCAGCGUGGCGUUGUCAAGCUCUUCAACGCCGUGCGAGCGGCCCAGGUCAAAGCUGAACAGGUUGCCAAAGAAGAGCGGAAAAAGGGAACCAUAGGAAUGGCCAACCGCGAAGAGAAGGUCAACGAGAUGAGCAAGCAAGGAUUCUUGGAUUUGAUCGCAGGGAACAAGAAUGCCCAAAGCGCGCCAGCCUAA